UGGUUGUUCUCUCCUUGGUUUUCCAUGGUAAGGGACUACUCUACUGCAUUGUACAUAAAGUACGCGAAGUGUCAAGAGGGUGUAAUACAGUUUCUAAAAAGGCGCAAAUACCUGUUAUUAUUUGUUGUCAAUGUCCAGAAAACUCACUUGUACUGUAUUUCUUUUUAAAAACAAAGUUCGGCAGUAUUCUUAAAUCUUUAAAUUUACUACUCACAAUGCCAGUUGAUCAAAUACAAUAUUCUGAGAAAUAUAGCGACGAUAAAUAUGAAUAUAGACAUGUAAUUCUACCAAUUGAGUUAGCAAGACACGUUCCAAAAACUCAUCUUAUGUCAGAAACAGAAUGGAGAAAUUUAGGUGUUCAACAAAGUCCUGGUUGGGUUCAUUAUAUGAUGCAUGUACCAGAACCUCAUGUGCUACUAUUUCGUAGACCACGGACAGAUCUUCUAACAACAGACAGAUGUUCUUGUAACAACAUUGGAAGAGAGACUCACAGAGUAUAUAGUACUAUAAAUGACAUU